CUGCACAGCUUGAAGCUUGAGCUUACUAAUCCAAGUCAAGAAGGACGAGCAGGACGCUGCAGACUUCUGCAACAAGAAAUCAGGAUACUUAAAACAAGUACUUUAACAGUUUAGGACAACGGCAGCAAUGAAGACAACACUGGCAACUCUGACACUCUGCCUGGUGGCACUCAUGGCCACAGGUUUCCCUUUGGAGAGGAAAGGGGGCUCAUCCCCCGGCGGUGCUGCUAAGGAGAAGCGUGUACAGUACGCGGCGUGGGAUGAUGUGAAUGUCAUUGCCCACGGCCUGCUGCAGCUGGGCCAGGGGCUGAAGGAGCACGUGGACAAAACCAAACUCCAGAUGAGGGACAUUUCCACCAAGCUGAAGGUCUACAACCGCACUGUGACAGAGCUGGGGAAGGAGAGCCAGAAGCUGCGUGUGGAAGGGGAGUCCCUGAAGGCUCGAGUCCACGGGCUGGAGGACAGAGAGGGGCAGCUGCUGAAUGUCACAGCCGAGCUGAGGGAGAAGGCAGAGGAGAUGCAGCAGGAGAGGAGGACGAUGAGCGAGAGGAUGAGCCGGCUGGAGGAGAGGGUGGACAGCAUGCUGCAGGGUGACGCUUUGCUGCUUGACACAAACGCCGGUGCCAAGAACAACAGUGAUGCACGCAACAUCCAGAUUAUGCUGGAGUCUCAGAACAAACGCAUUGACGAUCUGAUGGAGCGGAUCAGACUCCAGCAGGAGAAGCUUGACAAGCAGAAUGUGCGCAUCAGGACCCUACAGAGUCAGGUCCAACAGGCACAACAGAAACCAUCCCCGCAGAGCAGUGACAAUGACAUGCAAAGUGGCGUCGCCGAGCAAAGCGACUCACCAGCCGAGGUGGCCUCAGACUGUCAUGAACUGUUCCUGAGAGGAAAGACCACCAGCGGGGUCUACACCAUCCAGCCAAUAAACGCAGAGCCCUUUAAAGUCUUCUGUGAGAUGACAACUGAUGGCGGAUGGACAGUGAUCCAAAGACGCCAAGACGGCUCAGUGGACUUUGACCAGCUAUGGCAGGCCUACGAGAAGGGCUUUGGAGGCCUCAAUGGUGAAUUCUGGUUGGGGUUGGAAAAGAUCCACUCCAUUGCUAAAGAUGGCGGCUACAUCCUCAACAUCAAGCUUGCUGACUGGAGUGGCGACGUAGCAUCUGUCCGCCUCCCCUUCAAUCUGGGCGGAGAGGAGACAAAGUACUCGCUCAAGAUUCAGAAGUCCGGCGCUUUCAGCCCCUUGGAGAGUUCCCUGGGGACGGACGCCACCUCCAGCUUGCCUUUCUCCACCCGUGACCAAGACAACGACCGCAAAAAUGACACCAACUGCGCCAAGCACCUCUCUGGUGGCUGGUGGUUCAGUAACUGUGGGCGCUCCAACCUAAAUGGCAGAUACUUCCAGAGCCCUCCUCCCAAGCAGCGGCACCAGAGGAAGCAGAGCAUCUUCUGGAAGACCUGGAGGGGCCGCUACUACCCUCUGAAGUCCAGCAAGAUGAUGAUCGCCCCCGCUGUGAUCGUGAAGUCAUAAAGGAUAGAAAGAGACAGAGAGAUGAGACAAAGAGAUGAGGGAGAAAGAAGUAGAUUUUGGACUAUUCUUUCUUUUCUCAGUGGUUGGUUAAUGAGGUAGAGGUUUCUGUUUUCCCUGGUUGUCCUUACACCAGAGCCUAGGCCCUCACAAUAGAAGCAAAAAGAACUCACAUUUAAUGAGUUUCCACUGCUCUGUUCUCUGAGGGACACGUAGAUUCCUCCCCUGCACCUAGAGCCACAGAUGGAAAAAGAGACACUAGUAAAACAUGCAGUGGAAAGUUUUUCCACAUGCUGUACCAUCGCAGUUGAUUCCCUCUGUUGGCACAAGGCAGAGGCCCCGAGCAGGAGAACAUAGAGGGCGAGUCCCGGCCUGUCCACUGUGCUGUAAGCCACAAAGGAUUUCCAACAAGUAGAGACUCAUCACCAGACAAGAGGUGUCAAGUGUGGGUUGUUGUUGAGUUUGAAUGUGGUUAAGUGUCAGCUCAAAAACAUAUCAAGAUUGGCUCUUAUUUCGUAAAGGAUGCAUGUAAGAGUGAAAAGCAGGCUGAUAAAGCACGCCUUUUAAACCCAAUGUUGUGGACCGAAUAACGACUUCACUAAAACAAAGAGCCAUUUACGACAUGAGCAUGAUGAGAUUUGUGUUCAAAUGCAUUAUGUAAAGUUAUAAAUCACUGUAAACAAGGAUUAAGACGCAGAAACUGUGUUAAGACUGAUGUUGACAAGGCAGUUUGUGGGGCACUGAAAACCAUUCCAGCCUUUUGUACAAUAUAUUUUCUGUCUGCAAUUCUUAAUCAAAUUAAGCAUAUUCUUCACUGACUUUAAUUUUUCUGUGGAGGUUUUUGACGACGUUAAGUCAUAUUGACUUAUUUUAAUACGAGAAGCAUGGUUUUGUACAUAGUGUAUGAAGGAAUGUCAUCUUUCUUUUCAGAAAUAUAUCUGUUACGGAUUUGUUGUGACAUUAUCUGUUGUCUUCGUGAGCUGAGUUUGUUACUGUAGAUGUUCCCUUUCCUUAUUUAAAUGCUAAAGAAUCAAUAUAUAUAUAUUUCUGGUGCUGCCUGUUUGUAAUUUAUAUUGUCUUUGUUGUGUUACCAGAUGUAAAAUUGUUUUUUUAAGAGACUUUAACCAUUUUUGGGUCCAUAGCGAGCCAAUAAAAAUGAUUUAAACUAA